UUGAAGAACGAAAUUCCUUUCCAGGCCUCUUCACCAGUACCACCAGUUCCAGAUCCUGGAAGAGGCCACGAUACAUCCUACGUUACAGUAAUCACCGAUGCUGAAUACGAUGAGAGUAAAUUCAAAGAGUACAUGGAUUCCUGGAAUAGCACAAAGAUCGAGGAAUACUCUAAACAGCUUGGAGAUCUAGUUGAUCUGAGAGGAGCAAACAUCGGAGGCCAUUUCGCCUUCGCUUUUACCCUCCUGAACAGUGACUGUACAAAGGUGAGAAAGUGGAUGACCGUAAUCGUGUCCAGUUCGCCGCGCUACGUAUCUGCACCUGUGGUGUGCUACCCUGGAGCACCGCCGACAACUACAACGACGGCACCGUCCAUACAUACAUCGAUUGCUCAAGCAGUACCACAACCAGCAGUUACUGGCAAAGGAAAUGAAAAUCUAAGCAUUACCUUGAAUACACGUUUUGUAUUCAAUCCGAACGAUGUUGCGGAAUACUGGAACUACUGGAGCAAAACAAAGAUUGAUGAAUACGCUGGUUUGCUCGGAAAUCGACAAUACACUUCAGCCACGUCGAAUGGUGUAACUUUGUCUUUCUCCUUCGGUCUUACAAACAGUGACUGCGACAAGGUAUCUUCCUGGCUGCGACAAAUCGUCAGAAGUUCGCCGAUUUACAAAAGUGCUUACAUUGACGGUACGCAAUGCAAACGUCUAAUCACAUGGAGGCGGAAAUGA